CCGCCGCCUCCUCUGAGCCCGGAGCUGCCCGCCCCGCGGCGGCAGCGCGGCCCGCGGCCCAGCGAGCGAGCCCGGCUGAGCCAUGUGGAGCUGUGGCCCGCUCAACGGCACGGGCAGGGGCGAGGACCAGCUCCUCUGCCAGCACUUCCACCUGGUCCUGUCUGUCUUCUCCCUGCUCUACCUGGUCGUCGGCAUCCCAGUUGGCCUGGGCUACAACGCCUUGUUGAUCCUGGUCAACCUGUGCGACCAGAGCAGCAUGACCAUGCCCGAUGUCUACUUUGUGAACAUGGCCGUGGCAGGCCUGGUGCUCAGCGCCCUGGCACCCGCACACCUGCUGGGCCCCACCACCUCCGGGUGGGUGCUGUGGGGCUUCAGCAGUGAGGUCCACAUCACGCUGCUGGUGCUGUUCAACGUCUGCUCCCUGGUGACCAUGUACUCCACGGCCCUGCUCUGCCUCGACUACUACAUCGAGCGGGCCCUGCCGCGCACCUACAUGUCCAGCGUCUACAACACCAGGCACGUGUGCGGCUUCGUCUGGGGUGGGGCCCUGCUCACCAGCUUCUCCUCCCUGCUCUUCUACAUCUGCAGCCAUGUGGCGGCCAGGAUCAUCGAGUGCUCCAGGAUGCAGGAUGCUGAGGCCACCGAUGCCAUCAUGGUAUUCAUCGGGUACCUGGUGCCCGCCCUGGCCGUGCUCUAUGCUCUCGUGCUCAUCUCACGGAUUCGGAAGGAGGAUACGCCCCUCGACCAGGACGCGGGGAGGCUGGACCCGUCGGUGCACAGGUUGCUGGUGGCCACUGUGUGCACACAGUUUGGGCUCUGGACGCCGCACUACCUGACCCUCCUGGGGCACACGUUCCUCACCUCCCGGGGGAAGCCCGUGGACGGGUACGACCUGGGAAUACUGCUCUUCACUAAGGAUCUGUCGCGGUUCUUGGCCUUCUCCAGCAGCUCCGUGAUGCCGCUUCUUUACCGCUACAUCAACAGAAACUUUCCCGGCAAACUCCGGCAACUGAUAAAGAAAAUGCACUGUGGGCACCAGAGCUGCUCCAUGGACCACGCGGGGGCACAGCAGGUGAUGGCGUAGACGGCAGCUCCACGGGCAUGGCCCCCCUGAGCACUGGUCCUGGGUGCCACCGUCAGUGCCCACCGUGGGGUCAGCUGACAGA